CGCUUCUUAAUAAGAGGCCCGGGAUUUGCCAUCAUGGCAUCGGAGAGCGAAGACGUUAAGCCUCACGGAGGAGGACACGGGAUGAGUACCUCAGGAAAAGUUGCGAUUGUGAUAUUAACGAUUUUAGUCAUUUGUCUUACUGUUGCUUGUGCUAUUUUAGUUCUACUUUUAAUGGAUCCUACUGUUCUUGAAGGAAUAGGAAUAUAUAUGGAUAGAAAUCAUAACAAUGGAAAGGAGCCGACGCCGGCUCCUGUGUUAAGUGAGUGUAAGAGCAGCAAGAUAAGUGAUUUCAAUAUGACUGCUUGCAUGGAAUACCUUCAACAGAACAUUGACACUAUCGAGGAAUCUGGAGAAAGAAUACUACAGAAGGAAUUGAAAAGCAAGUGUAUUUGUCCGAAGCCUAUUUGUCCUGAUAUUUUAACAGUUCCAACUCGACGCGAGCCUUGCCCUACGGCGGCGGAAUUGUGCCCCACGCAAAAGGAAUUAACAGAUAAAGAUACGAGUGAGAACUGCCCUUUGCAAACUUGUCCAACCUUACCAAUGACAUCCGCAAGUCCUACAUGCCCACCCUGUCCAAAACUUACAGUGCCGAAGUGUCCAACCUCUGACGAGUUGUGUCCUACGACGACAGAGCCAAACGCUACACAAAAGCCUCCGAGGCCCGAGACUACCUCACGAAUACUAUGGAAAAUAACUGGAACGACGAAAAGAACACCCACAUGCCCUCCGCCGAUUACCUGUCCAGUUUGUCCGACAAAAGUGAGAGAAGUUUCCACAACUCGGACGCCAUGUCCGACUCUUCGUUGUCCCGAGUGUCCCAAGUUGGUGAUACACGAGUGUCCGAUUAUGAAGUGCCCAACAUGUCCCACGACCCCAUCGCCAUGUCCAACCUGUUCGACGGUUCCAACACCAGCGAACUUGACAUGUCCAACAUGUCCUACAACGCCAUCACCAUGUCCACCAGUUCCAACACCAAAGAAUUUGACAUGUCUAACUUGUCCGACAACUCCAGCUCAAGCUCCAGCUCCUUGUCCAACCUGUCCAACCUGUCCAACCUGUCGGACAGUUCCAACACCACCAGAGCUAAAGUGUCCAACCUGUCCGACAAAUCCACCACCAGUCCCUUCUUCAGAGCAGAAGUCUACAGCAUCUACGUCAAUGCCAAUAACUGCGUCUUCAACAGCUUCUGCGUCGGAGACGUCGUCACCAGCAACCUUGUCAACAACAUUGGACAAACCAUUACAAAUCAAUGUGUCGCAUUCAUGUCCCACCGCCGCGGAGCUCUGCCCAACUCAAUCGUCGGUCGCGUCCGGAGCGGAGAAUGUGAAUGAUUACAAUGAUAUGGACAACUACGACCAAUCUGGGGACGCCAUCCUUGACAUAGACGAGGUCUGCACCUUACCAACUUGUCUGAGUGACGCUGGGCGUAUCCUCUCCGGCAUGGACGCCCCUACAGACCCCUGCGAGAAUUUUCACAAAUUCUCAUGCGGUGGUUGGCAAGUUCCUCGAAGUGCUGGGAAACGAAAUCUAGACGCCAUUGAUUCGUACUUCGAAGAGAUUGAAAAAGACAAUGUAGAGGAUAUUAGGAAAGUAUUGGAAGUACAGGUUGAAAGAAAAACGACAAAAUCAGCAGAAAGGAAGGUUAAGGAAUAUUACGGGUCCUGCGUUUCGAGGCGUGAACGCGUUGUUGACCAACUAUUAUCUCUGAAGCAUGGCUUGAAGAAGCUUGGAGGUUGGAUAAGAAAGGUCGACAAGAUAGAUUUCUCCGACUGGAACCCACGAAAAUACGACCUAAAAGCUUCCAUGAGGGCGGCCCACUUUGAGUUGAUGUCCAAACCGUUUGUAGAGGUGGAUGUCCACUCUGACCUCGGAUUGAAUGGUCAUCCUGUAGCACAUCUUGUGAUAUCGGCAUACGACGUGAAGCCUUGUUCCGAGUACGGCAAGGAGUUUCGUGGCUACCUCCGAGAGUUGGCCAAAGCCUUAAAUCCCGACAGCUACGUGGAGACAUUCGUCCAAGGUGUAUCUUACGUCUACUCAGAACUCUGCAAGGUGAAUAGAUUGGAGAUAGAAGCCUAUGAGAGGUUAGCAUCUGCUUUAGAGCUGGCGAUGCCGCUUUCGUAUUUGAAUGAGACAGUCUCGUGGAUCGAUUGGAUGUCAUUCCUUCAGCCGACUUACUCCGUGGACUGGAGCAGUACGGUUUUCCUCUCACCGGGAACACUACUGAAGCUACAACUGGUCGGAGACAUCAUGCCGAGGCUUUUGGAGAGGAACGUUCGCGAUUACAUGGCGUAUAAGUACAUCGACGACAACAUGCUUGCGAUGCCCAGGACGAUCCAGGAUGUGUUCAUCAAAUACAACAAAGGUUCAACGCAACAACGAAAGUGUGGUCUUGACCUUCAAAAAGGAUCCUACACGUGUUACCACAUUCCUAUAGAACGAUCGUGGCGGAACUGCAUCCAGUUCCCGCUACAGGAGGACAUGGCUUUGGCGGUGACGGCGGAGGUGGAUGGCCAGGUCAACGCGCUGGGAAACAAGGAGCUCAUAAAGAUACGAGACUUCAUCAAGAACUUCGUCGCCCAUCGAACGAGUACCCUGCCAUGGCUUGCAGAGGCGUUGCAACACAAGUUUGAAACCCAGAUUCAAAGCAUAAUGUCUACGUUAGCAGAACCAAAAUGGGCUAAAAAUCACAACAAACUAGAUAGUUAUUAUGAAAAGCUUUCUAUAAACCAGAGCGAACCUUUUCUUUCCAACUACCUCAGAAGCAGAAAGUUUACUCAGGGUUUAAAAUCGUUGUAUCUGGAAGCGCCAACGAAGGAUAAGUUUAGGAAUCUACGGCAUUCAUUCCUGUUGAACAUCCGGAAGAAUCAAACCCGUUUGAUUGUUGACGCUCCCAUUGUUACAAUGAGGCAGCCUCUCUACAAGGCAAGAGGACUCGAGUAUCUAAAUUACGGCGGCAUCGGACACAUCAUCAGCUAUGAGUUCGGUCAGGCAGUUUAUGCCAUGUCGGAUCGACUCAUGGCAGAAAACAUAAAAGAUGAAUUCAACUGUUUAUCGAAAUAUGCAAAUAUAUCAGGAAUGACAAAGCGUGAUGAAGUUCUGACGGGUGUGAUGCUUGAUAUCCUGGGAGUUAACUGGGCCUUUGAGGCAUACCAGUCAGCUGCUAAGUUAGGUGAUGCGAAGGCUCAAUUCCUCCCUGGCGUUCCUUACACUCCGGAUCAAGUCUUCUUCAUAAAUACAGCUCAGGUCUGGUGUACCAUUGACGGAAAGAACGCCGAAGCGAGGGUGAACAACAUCAUGUCCGAGACACCACACUUCAUUACAUCAUUUCAGUGUCCUGCCGAGUCGCGAUUGAAUACGGGAAGAUCGUGUGGAAUUCGAUAGUCACAUAACUCGGAUUUGGACUAAAUUUCCAAGAGAAACUAGCGAGUCAGGGAGUCAUAAGUCAUAAGACAUGAUACAUGGUUUUGGGCAAAGUAAUGACACCUUUGCAGCCAAUACGUCAACUUUGAUAAUUCUGUAUCUAGAUUAUGUAUUUUAUAUUUGCCAUUUCUAAAUGUUGCUGUUUGGUGGGUACCGGUGUGAGGUAGUCAGGGCGUAUAUGAUUUUACCCUGUGCUGUCAUCUUCUGCCGAGAACAUAUGGGCAGUGUCAGAGUUCUUCCUUCGGUUGAAUUGGGAUCGAGUUCAUGUACAUAAAACGAUUAUCUAUAGGUGGUUAUGAAACUUAAUGCUAGUACUAUUGAUGUACAUCAUGUUAACUAAAUAGUCAAGCGUAUCAUUGUCAAA